AUGUCUCUCUCGAGAACCUCCAACGUGCUGCGCACCUCCAUGCGCCCUCUCGCCGCGCACCCCAUGCGCUCAGGCGCCACCAUGCUCCAGACCCGCACCAAGAUCCGCGGGCCCGACGACCUUGGCGGUCCCGGCGGCCAGGAGCCUCCGCCCCAGAAGCCCGCCGGGCGCGACGAGACGAUGAAGCGCAACUGGCCCGCCAUGGCCGGCGUGGCCCUCGCCCUGCUGGGCCUCUACGCCUACACCACCUCGGGCUCGCCCAAGCAGGAUCUCGAGCGGGCCGACCAGACUGCCGUCCGCCUCAAGGCGCAGGGCGAGCAGAAUCUGAACGAGGCCCGGUCCAAGGGCGAGCAAAAGUGGGAGGAGAUGAAGCGCCACGGCGAGAAGGGCUGGGAGGACGCCAAGGCGCGCGCCGACGAGUUGCGCCGGCAGGGCGAGAGCAGCUGGCAGGACAUGAAGGCCCGCGGCGAGAAGGGCUGGGAGGAGGUCAAGGCGCGCGCGGAGAAUGACACGUCGAAAGGCUUGGGCGAGUUUAGCGGUCGCAAGGGAGGCAUGGGUGGCUUCAGGAGCGACUAA